AUGCCAAAAAAUAAAGGAAAAGGUGGUAAAAAUCGUCGUCGUGGUAAAAAUGAAAAUGAUGAUGUCAAACGUGAAUUAAUGCUUAAAGAUGAUGGACAAUCUUAUGCACAAGUCACACGCAUUUUAGGUAAUGGUCAUAUAGAAGCAUUUUGCUUUGAUAAUACAGGUGGAAAAACAAGAUUAUGUCGUAUUCGUGGUAAACUACGCAAAAAACAAUGGAUUAAUCAAGGAGAUGUUAUUCUUGUUGGACUUCGAGAUUAUCAAGAUGAUAAAGCAGAUGUUAUUAUGAAAUAUCAUGGUAAGAAAUAAGUUUAUUAUUAUUAUUAUUUUAUAGAGACUAUUGAUUUUCUAUAUUGUUUCUUUUUUUUUUUU